UGGAUGGAUAUAUAAAGGAAAAUUACCCCGCGCGAUUGAAACAGAGGUUGAUUUUCGUGCAUAGACGGUGGUGAAAAAAAUUUUCUUUCUUUACGAGUAUGAACAUGUCCAGGUAUGGGUUUUUACCAGCUUUUGGAGUCCUUAUUUUGUUAACAAUAAAUUCAAGCAAUGCAGCUCCUCCUUCGCCGUUUCGAAAUCGAAAUUUAAUUCCAUUUCCUAGAGUUGGGCGAAACAUACCAGAAAAACCAAUUGAUGAUGUUGGACCAGAUCUUUUAACAGAUUCGGUUCAAAUUAGACCCCUUGGAGAUGAUCACAACAUAAAUCGGAAUGCGUUAUGGUUCGGACCCAGAUUUGGAAGAAUACAAAAAAGAAAAAGUUAUUUGGAUGAUCCAAUUAACUAUUUAUUCUUAAGAGAUCUAUCAUCUUUUAAACAUACUCCUAAGUAUACUCCAAGAUUGGGACGUGAUUCAGAAGAAAUUAUUGAAGAUUUAAAUGAAACGAACCAAACAUCUUAUUGAGAAGUUAUAAUUAAUAAAUUUCAGUGUUAUUUUAUUGGAUUAUAAGAAAAUAUUACGAUUGUGUGUUGUUUAUUAGGAAUGUAGUUUGUUUAUAAUAGAAGAUAUAAAUUAGUAAAAAAAUAUUAGUUACAAAGUGCGUGUUAUUUUUGAGAUAUCACUUCAUUUAUAUUAAAAUCAAUUCAUUUCAUCAUUAUCAAGCUUCGGAGAAUUGUUAUGCAUUCGUUGUUCCAAGCCAAGAUCACAGAAUUUUUAGUUCCAGAAUUAAAUAGUGAUGAAUAGACUAGGUGUCACAAUUGAUGCUUUUUAUCUUACAAAUAGCUUGGUUAUGUAAUAAUUAUUUCUGUACCAAAAACACAAAAUUUAGCGUUCUGUAUGUUAUAGUUUAUUUUUUAAUAAAAGU